AAUCGUGCAAAAAGUGUGCUACAUUUCCGUGUUCCGGCAGCAACAUUGAGCUCCGAUUGGCACCCGGCGGCGAUGGACAACAACCUGGAGCAAACAAAUGGCGGAUCGCUUGUGCCGCCACCUCCGAUGCCACCGUCGGAAAUGCUGCUGAGUGGACUACUGCCGGACUCGGCUGAUGGCGGUGGGUGGGAAGCAAACGACGAACAGGAGGGUGAUGAGCACGAACAAUUGCUGGCUGGUGGGGUCCUGGAAUUGGAACCACCGCCGGAACACCCGCAGCUGUUACUGGAGGAUGACGAACCAUCGGCUCCAUUGCUGGCACCACCAGUGCCACCGUCGCUGAUGUCACUCAAGCUGGACCACCCGGAGGACGGCAUGAAAAAACCCUCGGAACUCGUUCUACCGAAAGCGCUCGAGGACGUCCUGGCCCUUCAAACGAUCCGAACGCAAGAACUGGGUGGCGAUGAGGAUUCACGUGGAAUACACGGCGCAGGUGGGGGUGGCACAGUGGCGGGCAGUCAGGCGACCAUGAUGAGCGCGUACCUCGAGGCGGACGGUAUCGAUUCGGAGGACGACAUGGGCAACGAUUCGCUGAUGAUGAUGAUGGGUGACGAGGGAGCAGAAUACGAUGGCCAGGCUCCGGGUGGAGUAAAGGUGGUGGACAAACAGGACAAGAACCGGCGGAAGAAGAAACGGAAGAAGGAGAAUCGAAAAGCACGCCGCGAGCAGAUGGCCAAAGCGCACGAGCAGCGCGUACAGCAACCACCGCCACCGAGUGGAGCCACCGGCCACCAUUCGGCCACGGCCGCUCACGACACAGAUCCCGAGGAGGACGGCGCAGCGGAAGCGAAAGAAACGGACGAUGGGGUCGCUGCACCGGAAAGCGAAGGGGAGGAAGUGUCGAAACAGAACGGGGACGAACUGAAUGGGGACCACCAUUCGGGUGAAGAUCGAAACGGAGAGGAUUCCCAUCACGACGACGGCAAUGGCCGCGGCGGCAGCGGUGGUGAAGGUGCUGACCAAAGCAGCACUCCAAACGGUAACGCCGACGCCCCCAGAGUGUCCCUCCGGAAGAAGAAAGCCACCACGAAGAAGACGAAAGUGCUGCCAGCCAGCGCGGCCAAAGACAGCGGGCCCUCGGUGGACGAUGUGGAGAUAGAGUACGUGCCGGAGAAGCUGACGAUCGCCGAACUGGCCCCGAUGUACCGGCAGUUUUAUCGUGUGUUUGAGAUCUUUAAACUGGACACCAAAUCGCGGGACGCGCUCCGGGCCGGGGCAGAUGAGCUGGACAAGGAGAAGGCGGCCGCGGACAAGAAAGCGGCGGUCAGCGAUGCCGACAAGCUGGACGACGAUGACGACGAUCUGGGCGAUCGGGACGAGAAGGACGACAAGGAGAAGAUUUCGAAGCGCAAGCUCAAGAAGUUGACCCGGCUCAGUGUGGCCGAACUGAAGCAGCUGGUGUCGCGCCCGGACGUGGUCGAGAUGCACGACGUGACGGCCCGCGACCCGAAGCUACUGGUGCAGCUGAAGAGCCACCGGAACACGGUGCAAGUGCCGCGGCACUGGUGCUUCAAGCGUAAGUACCUACAGGGCAAGCGCGGCAUCGAGAAGCCGCCGUUCGAUCUGCCGGCGUUCAUCAAGAAGACGGGCAUCAUGGAGAUGCGGGCCUCGCUGCAGGAGAAGGACGAAGCGAAGACGCUGAAGGCGAAGAUGCGCGAACGGGCGCGGCCAAAGAUGGGCAAGAUCGACAUCGACUACCAGAAGCUGCACGACGCGUUCUUCAAGUGGCAAACGAAGCCACGCAUGACGAUCCACGGCGAUCUGUACUACGAGGGCAAGGAGUUUGAGACGCGGCUGAAGGAGAAGAAACCGGGCGAUCUGUCGGAGGAGCUACGCAUUGCGCUCGGCAUGCCGAUCGGGCCAGCCUGCCACAAGAUACCGCCGCCGUGGCUGAUUGCCCAGCAGCGCUACGGGCCUCCGCCGAGCUACCCGAACCUGAAGAUCCCCGGCCUGAAUGCACCCAUCCCGGAGGGUUGCUCCUUCGGGUAUCACGCCGGUGGCUGGGGUAAGCCACCGGUGGACGAGAGCGGUAAGCCACUGUACGGGGACGUGUUCGGGAUGGCCGGUGACGGUGAGGGCGGUAUGGGUGAGGAGGAGAUCGAUCGGACGGUCUGGGGUGAGCUCGAGUCGGAAUCGGAAGAGUCGUCCGAGGAGGAGGAGGACGAGGGCGAAGAUUUGGCGGCCCAGCCGGACGAGAGUGGCCUGGUGACGCCGGCCGAGGGACUCGUGACACCGUCCGGACUGACCAGCGGUGUACCGGCCGGCAUGGAAACGCCCGACACGAUCGAACUGCGCAAGAAGAAGAUCGAGAGCGAAAUGGAGGACAACGAGACGCCGGUUCUGUACCACGUGUUGCCGGAGAAGCGCAACGAGCGCAUCGGCGGGGCGAUGAUGGCCUCCACCCACGUGUACGAUAUUGGAGCGGCCGGUGGUGGUGGUGCCGGCGGGCCACCGGGUGUACCACCGCCAGGGGCCCGUCGUGGCGGUGGCGGUGGUGGUGGCGGUGUCGAUCGGGAAGGUAUGGUCGAACUGGCGCUCGAUCCAUCCGAGCUGGACAUGGACAAUGAGGCGAUGGCACAGCGCUACGAGCAGCAGAUGCGCGAACAGCAGAGCCACCUGCAGAAGGAGGACCUUUCCGAUAUGCUGGCCGAGCACGUGGCCCGGCAAAAGUCCAAACGGAAACGGCAGCAAACGGACACGACCAGCAAGCAGUCGAAAAAGUACAAGGAGUUCAAGUUCUAAGAGGUCCCCGAAUCUCCUUUGUCCUACUUUCCCCCGAUUUUUUUUUAAUUCAGCGUCAUGCGGAUUGCGGCCACCGAUCCGGCGCCGAUUAUUUAGCCCAAUAAAAAUGUGAGCAAAAGCGC